CCACCUCACCUGGCUGCAGGUUGCGGUGUAUGAGGAAGCAGCACUGACUGUGUGUUCUGCCAGGAGGGGAGUGCGGCUCUACGAUGAAUAAUCCUAUUCCUUCCAACUUGAAGUCUGAAGCGAAAAAAGCAGCAAAAAUUUUAAGAGAAUUCACAGAAAUCAGUUCUAGAUCUGGACCAGAUAAAAUUAUCCCAGCUCAUGUCAUUGCCAAAGCACAAGGCCUUGCCAUUCUGUCUGUCAUAAAAGCCGGCUUUUUGGUGACGGCUCGAGGAGGAAGUGGAGUAGUCUUAGCACGCCUUCCGGAUGGACGAUGGUCCGCUCCUUCUGCUAUUGGCAUUGCUGGACUUGGUGGGGGGUUUGAAAUUGGAAUUGAAGUAUCUGAUUUAGUUAUCAUCCUAAAUCACAAAAGAGCAGUAGAAGCUUUUGCCAAAGGUGGCAACCUCACUCUCGGAGGGAAUUUCACAGUGGCCAUUGGACCUUUAGGAAGAAAUUUGGAAGGAGAUGUCGCUAUUCGAAGUUCUGCAGCAGUCUUCACAUAUUGCAAGUCCAGGGGACUGUUUGCUGGAAUAUCAUUGGAAGGGUCUGGUUUGAUUGAAAGGAAGGAAACCAAUCGCAAAUUUUACUGUCAGGAUGACAUCCGAGCUUAUGAGAUACUGUUUGGUGAGAUUCCGCGCCCCGCUCCGGCUGAUGAGCUUUAUGAGAUUCUGGACUCCUUCACAGAAAAAUAUCAAAAUGAAGAGCAGAGUGUUAACAUGAGAAAACUGGCCAGAGAACAAAAGAAGGCCAAAGAAAUAUCAGUAAAGUCAAGCAGACCACAUUCCUACCAAGCAGGAAACGGCAAAGAAGCCGCUAGGCCUACUCAGAGAAGCUAUCCUGACCUCUCCAGUUACAACAUGAAUGAACGCAGCUCAAGAGGAGAGGGAAUUACUGCAACUGCUAUCUACCCAUUUGAAGGGUUACAGCCAGGAGACCUGACGUUCCAAGCUGGAGAAAAGAUCACAAUCGUGACCAAAACUGAUUCGCAAUACGACUGGUGGGAGGGCAAGUUGAGAGGAGAGCUGGGAAUUUUCCCUGCUAAUUAUGUUAUGAUAAAUUAACUCUGCAAAAAAAGCACCGAUUUAUGCUUCAGGGAUGUUGGAAAUGUUACAAUUCAAAAUGGUACAGCAACAUUAAAUAUAUAUUUAUCUAUGUGUAUGCAAAUUCAGAGAGAUAAAAAUGGAUUAUAUUA